AUGGUUACCAAUCCCACUCUAUAUCCUCCUGAUAUUACUAUAACCAUGGUUAGCAAGACUCAUUAUUUUAGAGCAAACUGUAUGGGUAAUGAUGAAUGUCCAUUGACAUUAGAUGAUGCUGGCGGCGUUUUAGGACAUGCAUACUUUCCUGACUCUAGCGGCACCUGUAGAGAAAUCCAUUUAGAUAUAAAUGAACGCUGGUAUUUUGGAAAUAAUCCUAAUAUACCCAAAAAUCAAACUAGUUUUCUUAUGGUGUUGGUUCAUGAAAUUGGACAUGCCCUCGGCAUAGCACAUAGUGCUUCUCCGAAUGCUAUUAUGUUUGCCUUCUAUCAGCAUGAGAUUCGUGGUCUAGAUGUUGAUGAUAUAAAUGCAGUACAAUAUCUAUAUGGAAGAAAAAACAAAUAUGAUUCAAUCCCAAAGUCUACCACCGCAUCAGCAAUACCAAAAACAACAACAACAACUAUAAGAUCUACAACUCGUAAGCAGCCGAUCCUCAAAAAUUUGUGUGAUAUUAUUCCAGAUUUUAUGUUUUUAGCUAUUGCUCCAGAGUUUUCAAAUUACCGAUUAUAUAUUGCACAUGAUAUGUUUAUAUGGAAACUAGACUUAAACGAAAUGAUUAUCCCAUCUCAGCCUGAACUUCUUGUCGAUUAUGUUCCUACAGAAUUACGUCAAUACACUUUACAACAUAUUUUCCAAUCAACAAACGGUGACUUGAUUACCAUUGUGUCUCCAAACAAAUAUUUCUCAGCAUCAUUCCCUACCAUUAAAUUUCUUGAUAAUUUUUCAAUUGAUAUACCCGAUAGGGCUCGAAUCAAUGCUAUUUUUCAAUCAAACGCAGGACGGUCCUAUACCUUUUAUAAUAAUAUGUCAUAUAUAGAAUUUUCUAACGAUUUUACUGAUGUGUUGAACAGAGGACGGAUAAGAGACAUAUUUCCUGGGUUACCUGAAGAUAUUUCUCUCGCAUUUCGAUGGAUUGAUGGCCAUAUUUACUUUUUCCGUCACGCAACUUACUAUAAAUUUAAUGAAUUUACAAGAAAAGUUGUUGCGACCGGACCAUUUCAUUGGACUCUAUUUGGAGUACCAUGCCCCAGCGAGGAUUUGUUACAUCAACUAAAAACUCUGUUAUCUAAACUUGUAUCUGUAUAUCAUUAA